AUGGGGCUCUGCAUGUCCAGCGGCAGCGCGGCGGCGGCGGUGCGGGCAAAGGGACAGCCUGCCUCGACGGCUAUGGUACUGCUGCCAACGGGUGAGCUGCAGGAGUACCCGCGCCCGGCCACAGCGGGCCAGGCGCUUGACGACUCGGUGGCUGGGGACGCCGGUUGGUUCCUGUGCGACGCCGACGAGAUGCCGUUCGAAGGCCCCGUGGCCGCCGUGGGCGUGGCCGAGGAGCUCCGCCCGGGGCAGAUAUACUUCUUGCUGCCCGCUGAGGCUCGGCGGAACGGCCUCCGGCGCGAGGACCUCGCUGCUCUCGCUGUCAGGGCGUCUGCGGCCCUUGUUAAAAAGGCCAACACCGCAGCAUCGUCUGCCGGCGUUGGACGGCGGAGGCGCGCCGGCUCGGUGGCGCCGCUCGUCUUCGCCCCACCCCAGGAGGUCGUCGAGACCGUCGCUUACAAGACCGUGCCGGCGCUCGCAGCGAAGAGGCGGCCGGUGGCGCGUGCGAAUAGUUCCGGGAGGAUGCAGCCGCGCUUCGCGCCCGAUCUGACCGCCAUUCCCGAGUGCGAGUGA